AUGUUCUUUUUUAUCUCUAUAGCAGUUUUACUUCUGAACAUUCCCAGAGAUGCCAGAUGGGCAGAGAACGGAAUCACCGUCGCUGGAGGUCAAGAACAAGGCAGUGCAUUGAACCAACUCAACCGUCCUCAAGGUCUAUAUGUAGAUGAUGAUCAAACUGUUUACAUUGCUGACACCGAUAAUCACCGUAUUAUGGAAUGGAAGGCUGGCACUACGAGUGGUGAAGUGGUAGCCGGUGGUAACGGACAAGGAAAUCGAGCUGAUCAGUUGAAUACACCAAUAGAUGUGAUAGUCGAUAAAGAGACAGACAGUAUCAUCAUUUGUGACAAAGGAAACCGACGCGUGAUGCGGUGGCUUCGUCGAAAUCGAACAAGUGGAGAAAUUAUCAUCGAGAAUAUUUAUUGUUGGGGAUUGACGAUGGACGAUCAAAGAUUUCUCUACGUCUCUGAUUGGGGCACGAAUGAAGUGAGACGAUAUCGAAUGGAAGAGAAGAUGGGAACAGUGGUGGCGGGUGGCAAUGGACUAGGUGAUCAUCUCAAUCAACUCAAAUGGCCUGCCUACAUCUUUGUUGAUCUCGAUCAUUCUGUCUACGUCUCGGACUGGAACAAUCAUCGUGUGAUGAAAUGGAUGAAGGAUACGAAAGAAGGAAUAGUCGUAGCUGGUGGGCGAGGUGAAGGGAAUGCUCUGAAUCAAUUGUCGUCUCCUCAAGGAAUGCUUGUAGAUACGCUGGGCACAAUCUAUGUAGCGGAGCGGUUGAGUAAUCGAGUGUCACGUUGGUGCAAAGGAGCAUCACAGGGAAACGUGAUUGUUGGCGGGAAGGGUAAGGGACAACAAGCAAACCAAUUGAACCUUCCCGAGGGUUUGUCAUUCGAUCGCCAAGGCAAUCUGUAUGUUGUCGACUGCUGUAAUCACCGAGUUCAACGAUUCUCAAUUCAAAAAUAA